CCUGAAGAUGGAGUGUGAGAAACUGGCCACAGAGAAGACUGAGAUCCAGAGACACUAUGUUAUGUAUUACGAGAUGUCCUACGGCCUUAAUAUUGAAAUGCACAAACAGACGGAGAUCGCCAAGCGCCUGAAUGUGAUCUGUGCCCAGCUCAUCCCUUUCCUGUCACAGGAGCACCAACAACAGGUGGUCCAGGCCAUGGAGCGCGCCAAGCAGGUGACUAUGGGGGAGUUAAAUGCGUCGAUAGGGGUACGUGGACUCCCUCCUCUACCUCAUACACAACAGCUGCAGGCGCAGCACCUCUCCCAGCAUGUGGCCCAGGGUUUGCAGGGUCUGCACAGUAUGCAAAUGGGGCCCCAUCACCCUGGCCUGGCGCUGGGCGGAGGGUCCGGACUCUUGGCUCUGUCUGGGGCCCUGGGGGCCCAGCUGGCUGCCAAGGAGGGCCACGAGAGGGCCCACCUGGAGGCCGCCGCUGCUGCAGCCGCCGCAGAGCACCACAGAGGCUGGCUGCGGGGACGCGGGGCGAUGCUGCCCAUCAUGGACGUAGACCGUGAAGCUGGACCGAGCUCUAUGUCCAACGGGGAUAAGGGCCGUUCAGCAGACUACCUCAGCAACGGGAAGAAGAGGAGGGCAGAUGAGAAGGAGUUCAUGACGGACUAUGGCAGCGAUGCGGAUAAGAGUGAUGAUAAUUUGGUGGUGGAUGAGGACCCCUCGUCCCCCCGCAGUGUCCACUCCUACUCGUCCAGAGAAAACGGCCUGGACAAGUUGCCCCCGUCUCGUAAAGACGCCCCUCCCCAGGCCAGCCCUGCGUCCCUGGCCUCCUCCAGCAGCCAAGCCUCCCCCUCCCGCAGCAAGGACCGGGAGCCACCGAGGGAGAAGUCCAGUACCCCAGGUAUGAAGCCAGGCACCCCCCAUGGUUCCCAGGACUCCUCCACCCCCGGCCCCAGUGCACCCCCACAGUUCCGGCCCGUCCCUGGCAAACCUGGCGUUGACCCUCUGGCUCUGGGUCUGAGGAACCCUCUGGCGGUGCAGGGAGCGUAUCCCCCCGGGGCGUUUAGCCUGCCCCCUCCAGGGGUGAACGGGGAGCUGGUGGGGGCAGCGGCAGCCUAUGGGGCGGGGCUCCACCUGGUCUCCCCCCAGAUGAACGGCUCUGCAGCCGCUGCCGCCGGUUAUGGACGAUCACCAGUGGUGGGCUAUGAGUCUCCUCACACCCACAUGAGGGUACCAGGGUUACCCGCCAGCCUGCAGUCCGCUGCCUCAGGGAAACCUGCCUACUCUUUCCAUGUAAGUGCGGAUGGACAGAUGCAGCCGGUGCCUUUCCCUCCGGACGCCCUGAUGGGCCCGGGCAUCCCUCGGCAUGCCCGGCAGAUCCACACUCUGAACCAUGGAGAGGUGGUGUGUGCCGUCACCAUCAGCACCUCCACACGCCACGUCUACACCGGCGGCAAGGGCUGUGUCAAGGUGUGGGACAUCAGCCAGCCUGGCAGCAAGAGUGCCAUGGCCCAGCUCGACUGUCUGAAUAGGGAUAACUACAUCCGCUCUUGCAAACUCCUCCCUGAUGGGCGGACACUCAUCGUUGGAGGCGAGGCCAGCACACUGUCAAUCUGGGACUUGGCCACACCCACUCCCCGCAUCAAGGCGGAGUUGACGUCUUCUGCCCCGGCCUGCUACGCUCUGGCCAUUUCCCCCGACAACAAGGUCUGCUUCUCCUGCUGCAGCGACGGAAACAUCGUAGUCUGGGACCUGCACAACCAGACCCUGGUUAGGCAGUUCCAGGGCCACACUGACGGGGCCAGCUGUAUUGACAUCUCCAACGAUGGGACCAAACUGUGGACGGGAGGGCUGGACAACACAGUACGCUGCUGGGACCUGAGAGAGGGACGACAGCUGCAGCAGCACGACUUCACCUCACAGAUCUUUUCUCUGGGCUACUGUCCUACAGGAGAGUGGCUGGCAGUGGGCAUGGAGAGCAGUAAUGUAGAAGUGCUGCAUGUCUCCAAACCAGACAAGUACCAGCUGCAUCUCCACGAGAGCUGUGUGCUCUCCCUCAAGUUUGCCUACUGUGGUAAAUGGUUUGUGAGCACAGGCAAAGAUAACCUUCUGAACGCAUGGCGGACACCCUAUGGAUCAAGCAUAUUCCAAUCAAAGGAGUCGUCUUCUGUGCUCAGCUGUGACAUCUCCCCAGAUGACCAGUUCAUUGUGACAGGCUCGGGUGACAAGAAGGCCACUGUGUACGAAGUCAUCUACUGAGGAGGGAGCACUCUGAUUGGAUAAAGUGGGGUUGAGGCUCCCUUGGCGCACCAAUGGACUGUAAAGAGAGUGGUGGGCGUCGUGGAGACCAGAGACACAUUGUACUUUGUUUUAUUUACUUUUGUAAAGGAUGCAGAUGAGGGUAAAGUCGAAUAUCUGGAACUUUGACCUUAAAAAAAAAUAUGCUCAGAAAAAGCUGGUAGUCUAGCGACACAAAACGUGGGAUUCCUCCAAAGACCUCUGUUUUUCCCCCACCUUUUUUCCCUCUUUUUUUUACAAAAUGAAAAAACAUAUUUUUUUAGCCUUAGAAUUCAUGAGCAGUUGGACCAUGGGGUUGUGAGUGCUGGGGGG